UCAAAGUAAUCAAUGUCAAACCAAACACAUACUACAACUUAAAAGUAUUUUCCUUUGUAUUUUACUAUACUUAUAACUAUAUCAUAAUACAGCAUUAUUCAAUUUUCUGAAAAUAGAAAUAUUUUGAUCAGGCACAGGCAAGUCUCUCCCAAUGAGGGCAUCAACAUGGCGGCCUCCUUGCGUCUGGGUCGUCAAGGAAUCUUACUUGGCCUUAAAGUAUCUAAUCUUAACAAAUUUUUGUGGAGCACGCAGUCAGCACAGGAACAUGCCAGACAUUUCUUUCAGUCUCCAUGGGUCUUCGGUGUUGCUCCUCUCAAUGUACAAAUGCCAGCUCUCUCACCAACCAUGGAAGAGGGAAACAUUGUCAAAUGGCUGAAGAAAGAAGGUGAGGCGGUGGCAGCAGGCGAUGCCCUUUGUGAAAUUGAGACUGAUAAAGCUGUCGUUACUAUGGAAUCUAACGAUGACGGUGUCUUGGCAAAGAUCCUGAUCGAGGAAGGAAGUCGCAAUGUGCGCCUGGGAACUCCUAUUGCUCUUAUGGUGGAGGAGGGACAGGACUGGAUGCAAGUUGAGAUUCCCCCUCCAUCUGCACCUCCACCUGCUUUACAUGAAGCUGUGCCCACCGUUGCUCCCCCUUUGCCAUCUUCUCCACCAAAAGCAGUCCCAGCAGGAUCGUUACGACUAAGCCCAGCAGCAAGACACAUCCUGGACACUCAUGGUGUUGAUCCAAAACUGGUCACACCUACUGGACCAAGAGGAUUAAUCACUAAAGAAGAUGCAUUAAAUAUUUUGAAGACGUCUCCCGAGCCAAAAACAACACCCGUGACUGCUCCACCUUCUCUGAGUUCUGCCAAAAUCGCAUCAGCUAUUCCACCACCAUCAGGCAGCAGACCCAACAUACCUCCUCUUUCUGUACCAGGAAAGCCAGGCGCACCGGGCACUUUCACAGAGGUUCCAGCCUCAAAUGUCCGCCGUGUGAUUGCUCAAAGGCUAACACAGUCCAAAACCACCAUCCCCCAUUCUUACGCCUCUGUUGACUGUGACAUGGCUGCAGUAAUGAAGCUUCGUAAAGACUUAGCCAAAGAUCAGAUCAAAGUUUCUGUUAAUGAUUUCAUCAUUAAGGCAGCUGCUGUUACACUUAAAGAGCUACCAGAUGUGAACGUGACAUGGUCAGAUAACGGACCACGGCCUCUUGACUCUAUUCACAUUUCAAUUGCUGUUGCCACUGACAAAGGCCUCAUUACCCCUAUCAUCAGAGAUGCUGCAAACAAAGGAGUUCAGGAGAUUUCCACUAAUGCAAAGGCACUGGCCCAGAAGGCUCGAGACGGAAAAUUGUUACCUGAAGAGUACCAGGGAGGUUCUUUCAGUAUUUCCAACCUGGGGAUGUUUGGCAUUACUGGCUUCAGCGCUGUGAUCAACCCUCCACAGGCUUGCAUCCUGGCCAUCGGAACCUCCAGGGCUGAAUUAAGAUUGUGUGAGGAAAACCAUACCGUGCGUACCCAACAACUGAUGAGCGUCACGUUGUCAAGUGACGGGCGGCUUGUGGAUGACGAACUUGCGUCCCGAUUUCUUGAAAGAUUCCGUGCCAACCUAGAGGAACCGCAGCGCAUGGCUUUAGCCUGAUGAAAUAUGCAGAAGGAUAAUUAAAGAUAAAACAGACACACUUGCGUGACAAAGUCUGCCCUCUGCCUCAUUAAUCUGUACCAAGUGUUAGUAUAAUAGGUGCAAGGUCUCCUUUGUUGACAUUGGCAGUCACCGGGCUUUGCGAUGAAAGAAUCAAAUUGAGCUUCUGUUGGUGAUUGAGGGAUAUUUCAAACUGUUAAUUUGCAUACACCCACGCGCACACACACACACACACACAUUUGUCAGUUCUAAUUGUCUGUACACUGUCACAAUCUGUAGAUGUACCAUAACUGUAAACAUUUUAUUUUGGUUUAAACAUGUUUGUAAUAUUUAUUUCAUCUACUUGCGACGUUUCCUGUAAUGUUCAGAUUUUGAUAAUUUAUUGUUAAGAAAACAAAUAAAAAACAUUAUAAUUUAUCAGGUUAACUAAUUCCAAAGUCCCUCAUGCCAACACAUAGAAAUCAGUUUUAAGUGAGAUGCUAUAACGUGCAAAUAAAAACUCUGUUGCUUAACUGUUAAUGUA